CGCACUGAGAUUAUGCCCGCACAUUUUCAAGACACUGCGGGUCGUACGCUGUUCCUCCGAGGCGUCAACCUCGCAGAUGCCAAAAUCCCAGCAGGUCAACCAACCCAUCUUCUCUCCUCGCUCAGUACGGACCCCCAGAGUUGUUCACGGGUCUCAUAUGUCAAUGUCCCGUUCGGUCUGCAAGACACACCAGCUCACUUGGCCCGACUCCGCUCGCUCGGGUUCAACGCGCUUCGUGUUCCCGUUGUCUGGGAGGCCCUCGAGCAUGGAGGUCCAGGAGUCUAUGAUGAUGAGUACAUCACGUACAUCAAGUCAUUUGUACAGCUCUGCAACGACUAUGGGUUUAGGGUGAUUAUCAACCCUCACCAGGAUCUCUGGUCUCGCUUCACUGGUGGCAGUGGAGCACCGCUGUGGACGCUUCAUGCAUGCGGCCUCAAUCCAGACCACUUCGCAGACACACAUGCCUCUAUCCGCUACGCAGAGUGGCCCAGGGAUGGGGAUCCCAGUGAUUCUGGAGGAAGGGGAAAAGAAAAAGAUCCCAAGUCGAUGCCGCCCAUGAUGUGGACGAGUAACCAUAACCGCCUCGCGCCGUCGACAUUGUUCGCUCUGUUCUGGGCAGGGAGGAAUCUCGCGCCCAAGUGCAUAAUUGAUGGCGUCAAUAUCCAGGACUACUUACAAGAUCAUUACUUCGCCGCAUAUGGGCGUCUGGUGGCAGCUCUGGGUGAUCUUGCCUACGCAUUCGACAGCAUGAACGAACCGGAGUCUGGCCUCCUUGAAUGGCAGGAUCUCGAGAAGAACGAAAGGGAAGCAAGUGCAAUGAUGGGUACUGCACCUACCCCGAUCCAAGCAAUGAGGUUGGGGAUGGGGAUGGACCAGACUGUGGAUGUAUACAGACUGGGAAAGACUGGUCCCCAUAAGGAGGGCAGCACCACCGUCCGACCAGGUCGUGGAUGCUGGUUGGAGAAAGAAGACGCUAGGUGGGGAUGGAACAGAUCAGAGAGCUGGCCUAUGGGGACAUGUGUCUGGGCUCUACACAAUGUGUGGGAUCUGAAGACAGGAGAGCUGAAGCAGCGUGAUUAUUUCGUGAGACAGGAUCAUGGUCCAAAUACGGAAGCUCAAGGAACUGCGCCCGACUGCUCCAAAGACGCCUCUGAUUGGAAAUCGACCUCGUGGAAAGCUUUCUUUGAUCACUGGGUCUCGACCAUCCGCAAGCACUCCCAGAGAUCCAUCAUAUUCUUUCAGCCCCCUGCCUUCGAGAUGCCGCCUGCUGCCUUGAUGUCGCCCAGCACUGACUUCAGCCUGUUGGGCUACAGUCCUCAUUUCUAUGAUGGUCUAACUAUUAUGAAAGGGCACUGGCACAAACACUGGAACGUCGACGUGCUCAGGCUGCUUCGAGGUCAACAGGACAUCACUACCAAGCUGAAAGCAUUCAAGGUUGGGCCCACGAACGUGCGCCAAGUCAUCUCUGACCAGCUUGGUGCGAUGGGAAAGGACAUUAUACCGAGAGGGACAAAUGUUCCCUCAACAAGCCAGGAAAGACUCGUGCCAGUUCUGAUAGGAGAGACUGGCAUCCCGUUCAACCUGGAUGAUAGCAAGGCAUACACAGAUGGGGACCACACCAGUCAUGUCGCAGCUCUAGACGCAAUUCUCAGCGGCUGCGAUGAGCAUCUCCUCAACUAUACGCUUUGGGACUACAGUGCAACCAACAACCACGAGUGGGGGGAUCACUGGAAUGGGGAGGACCUCUCCAUUUACUGCAGCGAGACUGGAUCUUUCCCCGAUCAUCAAUAUCUG